AACAAGAAUGAAAAACUGAGUGAAGUUGAGGAGAAAAUUCAUGUUAAAACUGGAGAAAAACCUUGGAGUUGCUCUCAAACCGAACAGAAAGAUUUAAGGAAAAGAAGAGCCCAGAAAUCAUUCACCUGCACUCAGUGUGGAAGGAGUUUCACAUACAAAACAAGUCUUGAGCGUCACAUGAGAGUUCAUACUGGAGAGAAACCGUUCACUUGUGAUCAAUGCCAGAAGAGUUUCACACACUCAGCAAACCUUAAGAAUCACAUGAACAUCCACACUAGAGAGAAACUGUACACAUGCGAUCAAUGCGGCAAAACAUUUUUGAGGGCUUCAGUUCUGAAGGAACACCUGAAGGUUCAUACAAAGGAGAAGCCACAUUCAUGUUAUUUCUGUGGAAAGAGUUUUUCAUGUCUACAAAAUUUGAAAGUACAUCAGAAAAUACAUACUGGUGUGAGAGAGUACAUGUGCUUUGAGUGUGAAAAGUCUUUUACUUCAACGAGCCGUUUAAAACGGCACCAGAGGAUCCACACUGGAGAAAAACCUUAUAAGUGUUCACACUGUGACAAGAGAUUCAGUCAGUCAUCAAAUCUGAAAAGACACAAGAGGAUCCACACUGGAGAGAAACCGUAUCACUGCACUGCAUGUGGGAAGUGUUUCAAUCGUUCAUCUGCUUUACACAGUCAUACAAAAAACAAUCACAGUAAAUAGAUCAUCUUCAGAUCCAGUACUUUCAGAUCUGAUGCCGCGUCCUCAAUAAAUGUGACACAAUAAUGAAUCAAACAAUAAAAUAUAAUUUCACAGUGAAUAAAGCUCGUCAUCUUCUUCAGAACCAGCAAAUUGAACUGUAAGAUUCAAAUCAACUCAAAGAUGGAGUUCCUUCCUGAAGAACAAUGUCAAAAUGUUUUAUUAUUGUAUAUAAUUUUGCUUCAUGAUAAGAAUGAUAUCAUUGUGCUUUCUUAUGAGUUUCAUAUAAAGUUCAGUUGUCAUUACUGACAGUCAAACAGCAAAAGAAUGCUAAUGGU